AUGGAGAAUAGUAAAAUGUCGGGGAUUCAUGCGGGUCGUAAACCCCAGAAAUGGCAUGGAGUAUUCUUGUUCGGACCGACGGCAUGUGUAGUGGGCUAUUGGGCAUUGAGUGGUCUCUCAAGACUCAUCAAAGAGGCUACCCUUGACGGCUUCAGACCACACGCUCCGUUGUGGUUGUUAUUGCUGGUGCUCAAUUGGUUUGUCCUCUAUCGCCUGUAUUUUCAUCCUUUAGCAGGAUAUCCUGGUCCGAUUUUGGCUUCCGUUACAGACUGGUACAAUAUUCAUCUCUGCCUCAAGGGCGACCGUCAUUUGAAUGAAUACCGACUCCAUCAAAUCUAUGGACCGAUUGUACGAAUUGGACCGAAUCGACUGUCUUUCAAUAGCACCACCGCUCUUCAAGAUAUAUAUAGCUCCGCUGCCAACACGCAGAAGUCCGACUUUUAUACAAUAUAUCACUACUUUUUUAAAGUUCCAUCUGUGCUCACCACUAUCGACAAGAGGAUUCACGCACUCAAGAGACGUAUUCUGGUUAAAGCUCUGAAUCCGCAGGCGGUACAAGAGCUACAGAAUCUUAUCUAUCGAAACACUCAACGCUUCUCCGAAUAUCUUCGAGAGGGCAAAAAUGGGAAGGUGUCAGUGGGCGAAUGGACACACCCUCACGAUAUUUCAAAAGCUUUGACAUAUCUACAAGCAGAUAUCAUGGGCGAUGUAACGUUCAGUCGUAAUUGGGGUAUGUUAAAUGAUGAGGAAAAUCGUCAUAUGGUUGGUCUCAUGUCUGAUUCGGCUCUUGCUAUGAACACGCUAGGGCACAUGCGUACGAUUGAAAAACUCGGCCUAUUCAAAUUGAUUCCACCAUCUUUCAUGCAUGGUGCCAAGAAGCUUUUUGCUCUCAGCAAAUCUCAGACAGAUUGGCGGAUCAAUUACAGCAAUGAUUUAGCUAACACAGAUAUUUUCUCCGCCAUUCUUGCCGCACGGGAUCAAGAAGCGGGACAGAUCUAUACUCAAGAACAGUUGAUCUCUGAAGCCGGUGUCUUGAUAAUAGCCGGCAUGGAUACCACUGCAUCAGGGCUAACGGCAACCAUUUUUUAUCUUCUUCACAACCCACUGGUCUUCGAACGUUUGAAAAGGGAAAUUAGAGAGAGAUGGGCCAAGGUCAGUGAAAUCAAAGUUGGGGGAAAGUUGAAUGACUACAAAUAUCUUACGGCGUGUAUUGACGAGGCCAUGCGACUUUCACCCGGUGUUGGGGCGAAUAUACCGAGGGAGGUAAUGAAAGGCGGAGCUGUCAUCGAUGGUUGCGCCAUUCUAGCUGGAGUUACAGUUGGGGUCUCCGCCUACAGUAUUCAUCACGAGGAAAGAUAUUUCGAAAAUCCGUUCGUUUAUAGGCCUGAGCGUUGGCUUGAUGAAGAGGGUGAAAAUGAGUCAUCAAAAGGAAAUGCCAGAAACUCCAAAGUCUUUGAACCAAAAGCAUUCACCCCAUUUGGCACUGGGAGAACAAGCUGCAUAGGUAAAUAUCUAGCGUAUCAGGAGAUGGGAGUGGUGUUGGCACGAUUGAUUUGGGAGUUUGAUAUGCGAUUGAGUGUUCAGGAGGGAGUAGGACUUGGCGAGGGUAAGAAGGGGAUGGGUUGGGGCAGAGAGAGGAAGGAAGAGUUCCAGACUUGGGACAGAUUUGUGAGUUGGCAUGAAGGUCCAAUGGUGGAGUUUAGAUUGAGAAGCGGGGAUGAGAGUAACAAGGAUGGUCUGUAA